UUAGCAACGAGAAUGUAACGACAGAGACCGCGCGUGCGACCUAUGCGUCUCCAGUUGAGAGUAUUUUCUAUAAAGAACGCGUAGCGGCUAUGUCAGUGUUCCUAAUGUGUCGACGAUUCGUUUAUAAAACGUAUCUGUCAUGAACGUUGAUAUUUGGAAUCUAAAAAACAUUUGUUUAUUAAUGUGUUCGUGACAGUACGUGAACUGAAUGAAUAGUGAUUCUCGACUUAUCGUAAUAUUUUCUUCCGUCCUGUCGAUUCUGGGAAGCCGCUCGUUUUCUAUUUCGAUAUAAAUUUAGAAGCAGUAGCUACAGUUGCGUGAUUGAUAGGUACCAAUACCAAAUAUGACUAUCAGAAAAAUUUGCGGUAUCGGUGCUGGAUAUGUGGGUGGACCAACGUGUAGUGUGAUUGCUCUGAAAUGUCCAGAAAUUCAAGUAACCGUGGUGGACAAGAGCAAAGAGAGAAUUGCUCAAUGGAAUUCAGAGAAAUUGCCGAUAUACGAACCAGGUCUUGAUGAAGUGGUGCGCAAAUGUCGUGGCAAGAAUUUGUUCUUCUCCACGGAUAUAGAAACUGCGAUCCAGGAAGCGGAUCUAAUCUUCAUUUCAGUAAAUACUCCAACGAAAACGUUCGGCAAUGGGAAAGGAAGAGCAGCUGAUUUGAAGUACGUCGAGAGCGCGGCUAGAAUGAUCGCGGAAAUUGCGACCGGGAAUAAAAUCGUUGUAGAAAAAAGCACGGUUCCAGUAAGAGCUGCAGAAAGUAUAAUGAAUAUUUUGCGUGCCAAUCAUAAACCAGGAGUAUCAUGUCAGAUCUUAUCGAAUCCAGAAUUCCUGGCGGAGGGAACCGCCAUUGAGGAUCUGGUGAACGCAGAUCGCGUUUUAAUCGGAGGCGAAGAUUCGCCGGAAGGACAGGCGGCUAUCGAGGAAUUGUGCAAGGUUUAUGAGCAUUGGAUUCCAAGAAAGAAUAUUUUAACGACGAACACUUGGAGCUCGGAAUUAUCAAAACUGGCCGCCAAUGCUUUCUUGGCACAACGUAUAUCGAGCAUAAAUUCUCUGUCGGCCGUGUGUGAGGCGACCGGCGCGGAUGUGUCCGAGGUUGCGCGGGCAGUUGGCCUUGACUCUCGAAUAGGGUCCAAGUUUCUUCACGCGUCCGUUGGAUUCGGCGGUUCGUGCUUUCAAAAGGAUAUUCUUAAUCUGGUGUACAUUUGCGAAUGUCUAAAUCUACCAGAGGUUGCCGCUUAUUGGCAACAAGUGAUAGACAUGAACGAGUACCAGAAAUCCAGAUUCUCAGCGAAAGUAAUCGAGUCUUUGUUCAAUACCGUUACGGACAAGAGGAUCUCGAUGCUCGGUUUCGCCUUCAAGAAAAAUACCGGUGAUACGCGUGAAUCACCGGCCAUUCACGUUGCUAAGACCCUGUUGGACGAGGGCGCUAUGCUUCACAUAUACGAUCCCAAGGUCGAAGAAAGUCAAAUUAUCGAGGAUUUGACGCAUCCAAGCGUAACAAACGACCCGGAACACGUAAAAAGUAGAAUUGGUAUUUACAAAGAUGCUUAUAGCGCUACGAAAGGUACACACGCUAUUGUCCUAUGUACCGAGUGGGAUGAGUUUGUGGAGCUGGAUUAUAAACGAAUUUACAUUAACAUGAUGAAACCUGCAUACAUUUUUGAUGGAAGAAAAAUUUUAGAUCAUGGCAAGUUGCAAAAAAUCGGUUUCAUCGUGCAGACUAUUGGUAAGAGAAUUACGAGAACGGUGCUUUCGAGAGCGUGGGGAAGUCAAACUCAGAUAUAAUAAUGUUUACAUAGGUUAUCAUAAAGAAAAGAGAACGAAAAAUGUUUAAUUUCAUGUAUGUUUUAAUUAUAUAAAUUCAUAAAUGUCUUUAAAAUCUUGUGAAUGAUAUAAAUUAGAUUUCUAAAAUUUAUGAACUUUUAUUAAUGAUAAGUUUGCUUUAGCUUAAAGUAUUUUUUUUAUUUUAAAGACGUUGUAAAAUAAUAAAUUAAUUUUUUCAAAUUUGUGAAAAUAUAGGUUUACAAGAUUUUAAAAGAUUAAAUUUUUUUUCAACGAGAUUUAAAAUUAAAAAUCGGAAACAAAUACACUGUUUUGAAAACACGUAUCGUGCACGAUACAAUAUUGCUAUGUCGUGACUUUUGUAAUAAUCAAUAAUAUCAGUUGAAUCAAAUAUUUAUAUAUAUUUCUUACAUAAUUUGAUAUGCAGUUAAUAUCGUAUAUUAAGUAUGUUAUAAUUAUCGCAUUAAUUGACGAUACGCAAUGUAGUAUUAUUUUUAUCACUUUUUAUUAAUGCUGCAAAUAUUAUUGUGAAUUUAUCGAUUACGGGCAUUUAUGGGAUAUAUAGUAAAUAAUACUAUUUUAAAAAAAUGAAAUAGAUUAUCUUUGGUUUUUUGUGCAAUAUAUAUUACGUAUGAAAAAGUACUGCAAAUGAACUCUUUGAUACUAAUACAUUAUUGUGAUAUGUUAUAUUUUAAUUCAAAAAUAGAGGUUGAAACAACUCCAAUUAUGGAUAAUUUUGAUUCCUCGUUUUCAACCCCUACUUUAAAAGCAUAUUUUUAAUUAUGUAUAACAUUAUUAUAAUUUUAUCUUUUUGUAUUCCUUUAUUGCAUUUUUGGAAAACUUUUCCUAUAGUCUUACACGAUUUUAAAUGUAUAUUAUGUAUUUUCUUUAUAUGAUAUUUAGAAGUAUUUAUAAGUGAUACAAGUGAUAUAAAUGAUUCAUUCUGAAUGAUACUAUUAUUUUUAAAAAUGCAAUGAAGUUAUAAAAAUUGUUUUUUUGCUUUGUUACAAAAAUUAUAAGUAUAUUGUAAUGUUAUAAUGUUAAAUAAUUUUUUUGUAAUAGUAACAUUAGAAAGAAAAGGAAAAAAAUAAGCAAUAAUAUCAAUGUUAUAUUUAGUAUAUUACAUCAUAUACUAAAUAUACAUAUAUUUGAUAUAUGAUAUCAAAAUGUUCUGUAUGAUAAUGCCAUUUAUAAAAAAAAAAAAUUAGGAAAUUAGCAAAUUAAAAUAUUCAAAAUAAUUUUACAAAAACUAUUUUCAUUGUAUGUAAUUAUAAGAAAGUGAUAUAAGCAAA